AUGGGUGAAAUUGUCAAGAUCAUCUGCUCUGGGAGCAGCAACAUCUAUGGCUGGUACCAGCAGAAGGUUCCUGGCACUGCUCCUGUCACUGUGAUCUACUACGAUGAUGAGAGACCCUCGGACAUCCCUUCGCGAUUCUCCGGAUCCAGGUCCGGCUCCACAGGCACGUUAACCAUCACUGGGGUCCAAGCCGAGGACGAGUCUGUCUAUUUCUGUGGUAGCUAUGAAGGCAGCAGCAGCAGCAGCUAUGGUUCCCUGGUCCAGGCAGCAUCACUGAGUCAGCCAUCCUCGCUGUCAGCCAGCAUGGGAGAGACUGUUCAAAUAAACUGCUCCGAAGGCAAUCCCAAAAGAUACUUUGCCUGGUUCCAGCAGAAGGUUCCUGGCAUUGCCCCUGUCACUGUGAUCUAUGCUGAUGACAAGAGACCCUCGGGCAUCCCUUCGCGAUUCUCCGGUUCUGCAUCCGGCUCCACAGCCACGUUAACCAUCACUGGGGUCCAAGCCGAGGAUGAGGCUGUCUAUUUCUGUGGUGGCCAGGACAGCAGCGGUUCCCUGGUCCAGGCAGCAGCAGUGAGUCAGCCAUCCUCGCUGUCAGCCAACGUGGGAGACACAGUCAGGAUCACCUGCUCAGGGGGUAGCAGCAACUGGUAUGCCUGGUUCCAGCAGAAGGUCCAUGGCAGCAUGGCUGAGUCAGCCAUCCAAGGUGUCAGCCAGUCUGGGAGAAACCAUCAAGAUCAGUAG